AUGAUCUUUCAUGAAUCUCCAAGCAUAACUGGCAUAUCCACCGCCACAGCCAAAGCUUGCAAUGUCACAAUUAACCAGAUAUUGAGGGGAAAGGACAACAUUUAUUGUGCUAUUUGAAAAAAUACAGAGUCUGUCUGAAAGAACUUCACUGACUCCAAAAGCCCAAGCAGAGCUGCAAUUUCCUUGAUUAAGGAUUGGAUGAAUGCAAGAAGGCCAUUUUUGUCUAGCGUCAAAAGCAGAUGGGAUUUGCAAGUGGUCUAA